AUGGGCAUAGAAUCUCUGGGUCUUGGCGAACGUAUUAAUGAUAAAGAUAGCCGCAAUCUAAGUCGGGAAAUAGGUGAAAUCUUAGAUCUAAGGUCAUUCCAAGACUUUCCCGGUGCUCAGCCAGUAACAAUGUGUCGGCAAGAUAUCGAAGAUCUAAAAAAGCGAGAAUACUAUGUUUGUGAAAAGAGUGAUGGCGUCCGAGCUCUACUUCUUUGUAAGACUGUUAAGAACAAAGGAUAUGCUUUUGCUAUGGAUCGUAAAUGCACGUUUAUUAAACUACCCAGUCGGUUUAUGCCGGCCGAGCUUAUGCUGUUUGAUGGAGAGAUCAUUCAGCACUCAAAAGAUACCUUUACCUUUAUGAUUUUUGAUAUGAUUAUUUAUAAUGGCAAAUCAAUUGCAAAUCAAAAUUUAUUGUUAAGACUUAAUGCGGCCAAUCGCUAUCUAUACGAUAGUCAUAACUGGCACAAGAUGACUAACAUACCUGAAGAUAAGCGGUUUACUAUGCAGCUAAAGCGAAUGCAUAAGAGUUAUGGUUUGGCCGAGGUGUACAGAAAGAUUAUUCCACAGUUAACGCAUGAGAAUGACGGUUUGAUUUUUACUUGUGUUAAUCAUGCCUAUGUGCCUGGAGCAUGUCGGGCCUAUCUGAAAUGGAAACCAGCCCAUUUGAACUCAGUUGAUUUUCGGAUGAAAAGGUCCAAAGAGAUUGUCGGUCUUUAUGAUCUUUAUACUUCCUAUGGGAACAAUAAAGAAGUUCUCUUUGCUACUUACUGGAUUGAUGAGAUUGUCAAGGACAUUGAUCUGAAUGUGCAAGCCCGGGAUGGGAAGCCGCAAGAAGUUUACUAUAAAGAACCCAUUGAUUAUAACCAGCUGGAUGGGUUAGUGGGUGAGUUUUCUUAUAAACCCGAUGAGUAUACUGUGAAUACUGAAACUUUUGACUUGGAACCAGGUCGAUGGUCAUUACUACGGAUUCGGGAGGAUAAAAACUUCCCUAAUGGGUACAAAACAGUUGUUGGAGUUGUUUUCUCAAUCAAUGAGAGUUUGGAGUAUCCUGAGCUGGAAAGAAGUAUUCCGGAGAUUCGGGCUCAAUGGAAGGCUCGUGAGGAGGUUAAAAGAAAAGCGGUAGAACCAUCAGCACCAGUAAAUGGACAAGAAGUCGAUUCUACCCCGGCCAAACGACCAGCCCAUUAG